GGCCGGUCCGGUAGCCGAGAGAGCCCGCGCCGAUGAGUUCGACGCGGUCGGGGGGGCCUGCGGAGAGGCCAGCGAGAUGGCGAUUGCUGUACUUCAUGGUGUCAUCAAGUGACUGGCUGACUCGCCAGAGGUCGAUGGUCGACUUUCCGUCGCCAACCCUGCUCCGCCUCGCGUCGUCCGGACUGGCGCUGCCCGGAGCGCGUGCGCUGCUGGACGCCGAGAGGUACAUCGAGCGUGUCCGGGACGUCCCAUCGGCCGAGGGCGCACACACGCUCACGUACCAGUCCCGCCUGCUCGGCGUCGUCCCGAAGCGGAACGGUGCUCUCAUACACACCGCCGGCGAGCUGUUUGACGGCGGAGGCGCUCUGCUCUACCGCAUGCGCGCCUCCGCCUACGCUCUCGGCGCCACCAGCGUGGCCGCCUCCGGCUGUGAGCCGUCGGCGCCGCCGACACCGCCGCCGCCGCGGGCGUGCGAUGCGUCUCACACCGAGUGCGUCGGCGCGCAGCAGGCGCGGCUCUACCGCCUCAGCGGCGACUACAAUCCGCUGCACGUCGACCCGGCCGCCGCGCGCGCACAGGGAUUCGAGUCGCCAAUCCUGCACGGCUUGUGCACGCUCGGCUACGCGGUGCGAGCGGUGCUGCUCCUCUGCGCGCGCGGCGACGCGGCCCGCUUCAGGGCGGUGCGCGCACGCUUCGUCGGCACCGUUUCGCCAGGCGACGUCGUGCGCACUCGCGUGUGGGCCGAAGGGCGGCGGGUGGUCUUUGUGGCGGAGGCCAAGGGCGGGGAGGAGCAGGAGGGCGCGUCCAGGAUGGUCAUCGGCAACGCGUACGUUGAGCUCGACAGGGACGCGGAGCUGGCCGUGCCAAGGCCAGUGGCCAGACUCUGAUCCGAGUUACGGUUGGUACAUGGUAUGCUGUUAGUACUCUCACGAAGAAGAACGGAAAUGAAAAC